AUGAGUGAUUCUGAAUCCAAAGAUGAAAACUUGCAAUAUACAUAUCAUACUAAUUCGGAAACAUUUUCACAUGACAUUUCACGAAACAGUGUUCCUCGUUAUAAUCUCUCAGAGGAUUCUCAAGUAGCAGAUGGCAUACUGGGCAAAGAACCAGUCAACAAAUAUAUCCAAUAUAGUAGACCUGAAACAAACAUUCCUAACAUAUGUGUUGAAUCUUCAUCACAGAAUUUAAAGCAUCAUCUGAAGAAAUUGCACUUGGCUGCCAAUAAGAUUAUAGAUAACGACCGCUUGACUAAAUACAAUAAUCCAUCAAAAAAGAAUCUCAAAGGAAAUCAAGAAGCCUAUGAGAAAAUGUUGGAUGCCGUUAAAGAGCUCAAGUCCUUUGUCGUUCAGCAUCGACCUACAUUAUCAUCAAGUAGCAAUCGCUCUAUGAUCACUAAAAAAGUACAGUCCCGUAUUCCUACCAGAGUACGGUCAAACAGUACUACCUAUGACGAUUCAAUUAGUCAGAGACUGAAUUUAACAGGCAAGACAGGACAUCGUUCAGACAAAUCAGUCAGACGUUCUAUAUCACUGACUAAAAGGUCAAAAUCUCCUAUCCAUCAUUCAAUUUCUCCUAAUUCUGUGUUUAAUACUGAAUGCUCUCGCCUUUCCGAAAAUUUAAACAUUAGUGAGGGUGUAAAUAUGUUUUCUCAGAGCGAGACGAAAUAUCAAUUUUCAGUCAAAAGCGAUACUUUUGUCACUUCAAAUCAAGAAACGGAAUAUGUCCAGAAUUCAGAAGCUUUUACAAACCCAGAAAUUGCUUGUUUAGAAGCUGAAUUAUCACAUCGUGACACAUUGAUCAAGUAUUUAUCAGAAGAAUUAUUGAAAAUACAUCAAGAUAAUGAUAGAAUAUUUGCUGAAUAUGAAUCACAAGAAGCAAAUUUAACUAAUCAUUUACGUUUACUGAGAUCACGUCUAACUGAAACAAAUUAUCAUUUGGGUCAACAAAAUACCAUCAACAAUCAUCAUCAUCAUCAUCAUCAUCAUACCGAUCGCAUAACACAUAUCACUUCUCAAUCACUGUCUCAACAAAUCAACUUCAAUGUUACAGAUUCUAUUGUACAUCAUUUUGCUACAGAAAUCAAUGAUAAAAUAAUUCAACCCACUAUAAAUAGUAGUAACAAUUAUAUGAAUCAGUAUCAAACUAUAGAGCAACCAUUAUUAGUUGAAUUAAACGAACUUGAUUCAGCUACAAGAAAUCUGUUAAAUUAUUGGGAAAUUAAAAGUCAAGAAAUAAACUAUUCAUCUGUAUGUCAACAAUUUUUCAAAGCAUUACUUAAAUUUUUUGUGAUUUCAAUGAAACCUUAUAAUUACACUGAAGAAUCGAAUGAGUUUUUAAAUCCGCAUUUGAAUGAUUUACAAGUGAAAGCUGAGAAAGCUGAACAACAAAUUAUUGAUUUGUCAAAUGAAAUAAAAAAUUAUCAAAUUCAACUUGAUAGAUUCAAUGAAAAACUGAAACAGCAUCAUUUCGACGCUGAUAAUAAUAUUGGUAGUAAUAGUAAUGAUGAUAAUAAGAAGCGAAUAAGUGAUCAAUCAACAACUAUGCAAUACAUUGUAGAGGAUAAAAAAACAACUAAACUAGUUCAAAUGACAAUUGAACAACAACAACAACAACAACAUUCAAUGCAUUCAAUGAAGCCUAAUGAAGAACAUUCAGUUUUUAAUUCAGCUGAACAAACUUUACUUAAAUUAGCUGAAUUGCAUGAACUUUUACAGAAACAACUUAUUCAAAAGUCAAAUAUAUCAUUAGAUGCGAACUAUGCUGUAAAUCAGGUAACUAAUACAAUAAUCGAUAAUCAAUAUGAUAUUAUAAAUGAUGAGAAAUUUACUGAAAAACUUCAGUCACUUUUAAAUGUAAUCUAUGAUGAGUUAUCCUUAUGUCAACAGUUAGUAGAUAAAUUAUUAAAUCAAAAAUCUAAUCAUUGUACAUACCUUUCAGAGAAAACUAAACAAAUUCAAGAAUUGAAUCAGCAAUUAAAAAUACCGUAUCGUGAUGAAUUAAGAGCACCGAGACACUUUAUCGACCGAGCAGUUCAGAAAACAAUUUCUUUUGAACUAUUGAACAUUGGUUUAUCUUGUACUAAUUUAUUUAACCUGUAA